UUGAUAAAGCAGAUAACACACUGGUUCAAAGGACAGCAAUUUGUGAACUGGUAUUCACUACAAUGGCAUCCAAUUUUGAGAGUUCAAUAGUUAAAGGAUCUGAUUUGUUCUUUGACUUGCUUUGUUUUAUAUGUCAGGAAAAUGACAGAAACACAGAGGCUGAUUUCUAUUGCGCAAAGUGUUCAAAGUUUUACUGUUGCAAAUGUGUUGACCACCAUAAUAAUCUUUUCAAAAAACACUCAACAUUGGGAAAAGACAAGAUCAACACUUGGCCAGAUGUAAAAGCAACUGUGGACUUACAAGAGCAAUGUCAGGAACACAAGGGUGAGAAAUUGACAGCAUUCUGUGAGGACCAUGAGCAACUGCUAUGUCAUUUCUGCCAUAUCUACAGACACAGAAAUUGCAUCCAUGUGGUCCUUACCACAGAUAAAGUGAAGGCCCUUCAACAGAAAGGAGAGUUCAAGCAGUUGUCAGCAAUUCUAGAUACAUUACAUGGGCAGUUUAUUCAGAAAGCACAUGACUUUGAGGAAAGUUUAGAAUUCCUUGAGAAAUCACACAAGCAAAUUAACAAAGACAUAAAAACUUCACAUAAGAAAAUCACUGAUCACUUGGUUCACCUGAAGGGAGAAACUAUCAAAGAGCUGGAUACAUUACAUUCUACAUUUAAGUCAUCUAUUCAGAAUGAUAUCACAAAUUGCAAUGAGUCCGUACAAACAAUGAAAUGUGUUAAAGAAGAUAUGCAGAAAAUAAACGGCAAAAGUGAAAUCCUCCAUUUAAUCACAUACAUAAAAUGCCUGGACCUUGCCAACAAGGCAGACUCUACUUUACAAGAAAAGAUAGCAAACAACAUAACAUUCACUUUCCAACCUGAUUCAACCAUUAACCAAACUAUGUCAAUUAUGUCUGGAUUAGGACAAAUAAAUGUAAAGCAACAAACUGGAAGAGGCAUUACAACAGAUGAAAAACCCACACAAGCUGAGCCUGAAGCUCAGAAACCUUCAUCCAGUUCAUCCAAACAACCUGACAAGGUAAAUCCAACAAGUGUUGUGAAUGAUCCAGACCAGAUGGGUCCUGUAUGCAUUCCAUCAAAGAAGCCUGAAGCUGGAAACCUGUCAAGUGAUGACAAGAAGUCAUUUCCAGUAUCCAGUUCAUUCAGUUUGCCUGACCACAGAAUUGAAGAGGGUGCAGUUAAUAAGCCAAACCAAGUGUCAAGCCCAAACAAAGUCAUUAAAAUUAAGACCGAAUAUUCAGUAAAGAUGAAGAGUGAUCAAGAAACAUGCUGUAUAUCAGGUAUCUGUGAGACAACUGCUGGAGAACUCAUUAUCACAGACUGGGAAAACAAAAAAGUGAAGCUUCUGGAUCAGACCUACAAGGUGGUGACCCACUGUGACUUGCCUGAUACACCAUUGUCCAUAUGUAGCAUUGACUCCGUUCAAGUGGCUGUCACUCUGCAUAACAAACAGGUCCACAUCAUCAAAGUAACCAAACUGAGAAAAUGGCAUUUGGUACAUGACAAGAUUCUAAUGCUCCAACAUGCAUGCCAAGGUAUUGCACAUCACAAGGGCAGACUGUACAUAACAUCAAAUACAGCACUGUACCACUACACUGUGGAUGGAACUCAAAUGAUGAAGAUGUAUGAAAAUAAUUCUGAUGGAAGGCCAGUUACAUCGUGUGCAGUGAGUCCAGAUGGAGACAGGAUAUAUGUGGCCAACAUGGUUAGUGACCAGCUGGUCACACUGUCCAAGGAUGGUAAAGUGAUCUCCACAUUCACUGACCCUGCAAUCAACUGGGAUCUCUUACAUGUUCCUGGCCUACAUGUAACAGACUCAGGACAAGUUCUGGUAAGUGGGUACUAUUCCAAAACAAUCAUCCAGGUGGACAGGGAUGGGAGACAGAAACUGGCAGAUGUGGUUACACAGGAGGAUGGCUUGAGCUUACCAAUAGCUGUUUACUACAGUAAAAAAACAAGAGUCCUCAUUGUGGGAAUGUCUGUGUGCGAUGAAAUAAGAAUGUAUGACUAAGUAAAGUGUGACAAGAGAAGUGUGGUAUGCAUAAAAUAACAUAUAUGCAUACAUUCAAGCGAUACUUCUGUUAAGAAACAAUGUCAUAUAAAUGUACAAUGUCUAAUUUAUCUGUUUAAAUAAAAUUAUAUUAUAGCUAAACAAUUUCAUGUAAUUUAAUAAUAAAUUCAAGAAAUAGGUAAUCAAUUUUUGUCACACAUAAAUAACUAUUAUUCAUAUUGUUAUAAUAGUAUUCACUAAAAACACUUUAAAGUCACGGCAUAAAUUAUCUGACAGUGUGGAGAACAGACAUACUUAGUCAGAGAUUCUCUUUCUUAAUAUGAAGAAUAUGAUGUACUGAUUCAAAUUAAAUUAAGGGAAAAAGAUUAAGAAUGAACAAUAAUAAAUGAACAAUAAUAAUAUAUGUACACAUUUGCUUUACACAGUGGUUUUUUGCUUAAAUGUUAGUAAUGUGUUUUUUUUUAUUUUUAUUU